AUGGAUUGGAUAGAACUGUUAAAUAGAGCACAGUUCCACGGAGCUGCAAGACUUGCGUCUUCGAGGGAUAGGUUCCAAUGGUUAAUUGCUCAUCUGAUUUUCAUCUUUUGCUCAGUGGCUGUGGUCUAUGUAACAGUCACCAGAUUCUAUGAUAAUCCUACGUACAUCGUACAGCUCACCCCUGUAAUGUCUUUGAAGAACUUUCCGACCAUUGUGGUAUGCCCGCAGGUUCACUUCUUGGAUCAUAAGAUUGAUGAGUUUCUCAGUAAAUUAGUGUUUCCCCCGUCAACAAACAUUACUUAUAUUAGAGAAGUUUUACCACAGUUAGCAGCAUUGUACUCCAGUGAUACUGUGUACGAAGUAAAAGAUUUAGAGAGCAUAUUAGAACUGUUGGCAUACAACAAGCUCGAUGUUGAAAGUGCUAGCCUCCGGCUGACAGCCACCUGUGACGAAACAAUACUAAAGUGUUCCUGGAGGGGCAGAGACGCAAACUGUUCCUCAUUAUUUCACAUGGAACUAACUCGCUACGGUUUUUGUUGCAUUUUCAAUGGACGCUCGUUCAGAAGAGAGGUACGAGAACCUAAACUCAUUAAAAAGGAGGUUGAAAAGAUGCACAUAUAUAAAAUGGGAAUAAUGUAUGGAUUAAACAUCGCAAUUGAACAGAAUGUGUCGAAGCCUCCAGUUAAUUUAGAUUUAUCGUACAAAUGGAUAACCGCGUUAAGUCCCGGAAAUAUGUACGUUGAUGUCGUAUCAAACGGUGUCCCUAUACCUCCUGGUAUAGAGGUGUGGGCAGGCUAUACAAUGAAGUCCAUUCAGCUCUCUGAAGAAGCUCGCAGCCUCAGUCCAAAACUUCGCCGUUGCUACUUAGCUAAUGAACCACUUAAAUACUUUCCAGUAUAUCAGAGACGCUAUUGCAUGUUCGAGUGUAAAAUGGAUCGAGUGGCAUUGCGGUGUAAGUGCGCUCUAUUGAAUUAUCCUCCCGUGCUUGGAAUGCCCAUAUGCGGCCCUAGACAGUUAGCAUGCGCUAGAGCAGCUGCAGAUCGAUUUGAUGUUUGCCAAUGCCCAUUGGCUUGCGAAAAGGAGACUCUAAACACGAGACAUUUUUCAUUCCCAUUAACUCCAGAUACGCCUACGUAUGAUACAUUUUAUGAUAAUCUGGACCUGAGUAAAGUGACCAUAAUAAGGCUGUAUGUACAUGGGUAUACAAAGACAGUUAACUCUCGACGGUCAUAUUUUUCGAGGUCUAAUUUGUUUGGACAACUAGGCGGAGUAUUUAACAUAUUCUUCGGUUGCAGUAUUCUGACUGUAUUAGAACUACUGUUUCUAUUGAGAAGAUAUAUUCGCGAGCGGCGCCUGGCUACACAUCAACAGCGUGAAACUUGGCCCUUUACUCGUUAA